AUGGCAGACGAAGUCUACGAAGGUGCCAUCGGCAUCGAUCUGGGUACCACUUACUCCUGCGUCGCCGUCUACGAAGGCACAAAUGUCGAAAUUAUCGCCAAUGAGCAGGGUAGCUUCACCACUCCUUCGUUCGUCUCCUUCACCGACGAAGAGCGCCUCAUUGGCGAGGCUGCAAAGAAUCAGGCGGCAAUGAACCCGGAAAACACAGUCUUUGAUGUCAAGAGAUUGAUCGGAAGACGAUUUGAUGACCCGACCGUGAAGAAGGAUAUUGAAUCAUGGCCGUUCAAGGUCGUUGACCAGGGUGGCAAUCCCAUGGUGCAGGUUCAAUAUUUGGGGGAGACCAAGACUUUCUCACCACAGGAAAUCUCGUCCAUGGUUCUUAUGAAGAUGAAGGAAGUUGCAGAGACCAAACUGGGCAAGAAAGUCUCCAAGGCUGUCAUUACCGUGCCUGCUUAUUUCAACGACAACCAGCGACAAGCCACCAAGGACGCCGGUGCCAUCGCUGGCCUCAACGUUCUCCGUAUCAUCAACGAACCCACCGCUGCCGCCAUCGCCUAUGGUCUUGGGUCCGGCAAAUCAGACAAGGAGCGAAACGUCCUCAUCUACGACCUUGGUGGUGGUACAUUCGAUGUUUCACUGCUGAACAUCCAGGGUGGUGUCUUCACGGUCAAGGCUACCGCAGGAGAUACGCAUUUGGGUGGUCAAGACUUUGACACCAAUCUCCUCGAACACUUCAAGAAGGAAUUCACAAGAAAGACCAAGAAAGACUUGUCCGGGGAUGCCCGUGCCCUUCGAAGACUUCGAACGGCCUGCGAACGCGCAAAGCGAACGCUAUCGAACGGAACACAGGCUACUGUCGAAAUUGAUUCGUUGUUCGACGGCGAGGACUUCAAUGCUACAAUCACCCGCGCCCGUUUUGAAGAUCUCAAUGCCAAGAUCUUCAACGGCACUCUGGAGCCUGUUCAACAAGUCCUGAAAGACGCUGCUAUUGAGAAGUCAAAGGUGGAUGAGAUUGUGCUCGUCGGUGGUUCAACCCGUAUCCCUCGCAUCCAGAAACUGCUGAGUGAUUUCUUCGAUGGCAAGAAGCUAGAAAAGGCACGUGAUAGCAUCAACCCCGACGAAGCCGUUGCCUACGGGGCCGCUGUUCAGGCAGGUAUUCUAUCCGGCAAGGCCACCUCUGCCGAGACUGCCGACCUCCUCCUCCUUGACGUCGUCCCCCUCUCUCUUGGGGUGGCUAUGGAAGGCAACAUUUUCGCUCCCGUUGUUCCUCGUGGACAGACCGUCCCCUGCAUUAAGAAGAGGCAAGUUUAUCCAACCUUCACUACCGUCGUUGAUAACCAGCAAACUUUAUUUCAGGUUCAAUUCCCCGUGUACCAAGGAGAGCGGACAAACUGCGAAGACAACACCUCCCUGGGUGAAUUCACGCUUGCUCCUAUCCCGCCGAUGAGAGCUGGUGAGGCUGCUCUUGAAGUUGUCUUUGAGGUCGACGUCAAUGGUAUCCUAAAAGUCACCGCGACCGAGAAAUCUUCGGGCAGAAGCGCCAACAUCACCAUCUCUAAUGCUGUCGGCAAACUUUCCACCUCUGAAAUCGAAAAGAUGGUCGAAGACGCCGCCAAAUUCAAGACCAGCGACGAGGCAUUCACCAAGAAAUUCGAAGCUAAGCAGCAACUCGAGUCUUACAUCGGUCGUGUGGAGGAGCUGAUCAAUGACCCUGGAUUGUCGAUGAAGAUGAAGCGUGGCAACAAGGCCAAGAUCGAGGAGGCUUUGAGCGACGCUAUGCAACAACUUGAGGUGGAGGAUUCCACACCAGAUGACUUGAAGAAGAAGGAGCUGGCUCUGAAGAGAGCUAUGACCAAGGCCAUGGCCACGAGCCUCGUAGCCUUGCCAUCCCUUCGCGUCAAGUGGGUCACCAUACCUUGCAGCUUCUCCAACGUCAAGUUCGAAGUUUGUAGGAACAGAGCACGAACUUCCCUGCGAAAUCCAAACAACUCCACUCUCACGGACUUUGAGCCUGUCAUCCAGCAACUGCCCCCCUCGCAUCGGCUGCCACGCUCGUCACAGCGAUCCCUCUGCCUCCAAUGCCAAACUCGACUGCUUCAGUCUUAUCCACCAAGACGCCUACUCCCGUCGACAGUCUCCGUAAAAUCCCAUCAAUUGGCAAAUAGAGCCUUCUCCACCUCUCCAUCACUGCUCAAGAAAUCCUCAUCGUCGUCCAAAUCCUCCAGAAAAUCCCCGUCCGUCGACUCCCUCACACACAAAGAUGCCGUGCACAUCCCGGACAACAAAGCCACGCGCAACCGCGACAGCGAAAUCGAUCCUUACGACUUCUCCGAGCUCGAGGCUGGGAUCGCCAAGGCCGUCUCGCGCCUAAAGGAUGCGCUGGUCAAGACGAAAGACGCGGGCAGAGUCACGCCGGAAAUGAUUGAGGUGCUGCCCGUGGAGAUCAAUGUCAAGGGGGCGGAGACGGGGAGAGGAAGUCCGCACAAGGAAAAGGUCAAGGUGGGAGAUCUGGCGAGUGUCGUUGCCAAGGGGGGAAGGAGUGUGCAGAUAUUCUGUGCGGAAGAGGCCCACGUCAAGCCUAUAGCAUCAGCGCUGCUGGCAAGUCCAUACAGUCUCGUCCCGCAAACCACCGCUCCUCACACUCCUGGCACGACCUCGGUCUCUCAAUCCAACCCACCGACCUCCUCCAACCACUUACUCAUAACCGUGCCCGUCCCGCCCAUCACAGCGGAGACACGCAACCUCGCGCGCGCCGAGGCCAAAAAGAUGUUCGAACGUGCGUCCCAAGAGGUGCGGAACGCGAGGAGCGACGCGCAAAAGCGGUUCCGGAAGAUGGAGUUGGGAAAACUGGUCAUUGUGGACGAAUUGCGAAAGGCGCACAAGCAGAUGGAGGAGGUGGUAAAGAAGGGCCAGGAUGAGGUCAAGAAGGUUUAUGAAGCGAGCUUGAAGGCUUUGGAGGGAUGA